ACGUAACUUCACUUGAACGUAACUUCCUGCGUUCCGUCGUCUUCCGUCCAUCACGCGCAUGCUCAGGCCUCUUCGCAACUCGGCUGGCAAGAUGGCGGAUGCUCAAACCGAGAGGGCUUAUCAGAAACAGCCCACAAUCUUCCAGAACAAGAAGCGUGUUCUGGCUGUUGAGGGUGGCAAGGAGGCUAAAGAGAAGAUCCCCCGCUAUCACAAGAGUGUCGGGCUUGGCUUCAAAACCCCAAGAGAGGCUAUUGAYGGCACUUACAUUGACAAGAAAUGCCCCUUCACUGGGAAUGUCUCUAUCCGUGGCCGUAUCCUCUCAGGCGUGGUGACCAAAAUGAAGAUGCAGAGGACCAUCGUUAUUAGACGCGACUAUCUGCAUUACAUCCGCAAGUACAACCGCUUUGAGAAAAGGCACAAGAACCUCUCUGUCCAUCUGUCACCAUGCUUCAGAGACGUCACAGUUGGAGACAUUGUGACUGUUGGAGAGUGCCGACCCCUCAGUAAGACGGUGAGAUUCAACGUCCUCAAGGUGACCAAGGCUGCUGGAGCCAAGAAACAGUUCCAGAAGUUUUAGGCAAGACUAUAAACAUGGCAGCCCACAGACCAGMUUGUCUCACUGUCUAAUAAAGAAAAUCUUGUUUAAAAGCC